CGAGAGUGAAGAAAAUCAUAAGUAAUGCUAAUAUCAUGGCACUAUAUUGAGAAUACCUAUCCAUUUUUUGCAGAAGUCGUGCCAGCCUCAAUAAUCUGGUCAAUUUCACCAGAAUUGUUGAAGAAAUUUUUCAACUAUGGCUCAAUUUAAAAUUUUAUUUUGUCUCACUGUGAUAUUUGUAUUAUUUGCAAUAGCAGUUGGUCAAGCUAAUUAUUGCAGUAUUUGUCGAGAUCACACUAUGUGCAAACCUCACUAUACAAAACCAAAUUGUCGAACUCAGCAAUAUGGCUUAACGGCUGAACAAAGGAAUAAAAUUGUUUCGGAACAUAAUAGAUAUCGGCAAUUGGUGGCUAGUGGCAAUGAAAAAAGAGGAAGUCCCCGUGGUCCGCAACCAAAAGCAAAAUCCAUGCCAAAUAUGGUAUGGGACAAUGAAAUAGCAAAUAUAGCACAAACACAGGCUAAUUCAUGCAUUUACGCUCACGACUCGUGCAGAAAUGUCCAACGAUUCCAAGUCGGUCAGAAUAUUGCCCAAUGGCCAGUGGCUAAAGGCAGACCACCACAAAAAGUCGAAGCUUUAGUAAAAUUAUGGUACGAUGAAGUUGAAAAAUUUAAUCCCGCAAUGGUAGAAAACUUUGUAUUUGAGGCAAAAACCGGCCACUACACGCAAAUGUUGUGGGCACAGACAACCAGAAUCGGUUGUGGUUACGUGAAUUAUGAAAAAAAUGGUCAAUACAAUGUGUAUCUCGUUUGCAAUUAUGGUCCCUCUGGUAAUGUUCGCGGUGGAAAGGUUUACGAAAUACGACGUUAAAAAUUAUUUCAAAUUAAAUGCAUUCCAUGUAUUUUUCCCAUAUAAUUGAAAAUGUAAAACAUUUUUUCCAACACAAAUAUUCGAAUUUGCUAAAAACUAUUUCUU